UCCGUAUCCCGCAGUCAUGCCACACGGAGUCACGGACUUGCCGGCGAAUCACGAAUCCCGUCCCAAGUUCACUACUCGCGUCGCAUAGGCUUCUGCCCGCCGAGCAGCCCCUCACGAACCCUAGCUUGCUAAACCCUACUCCUUCCCUUCACCGAUGGAUCCGCAGCAGCCGGAGCCUGUCAGCUAUCUGUGCGGAGAUUGCGGAGCUGAGAACACACUCAAGACAGGGGAUGUGAUCCAGUGCCGUGAAUGUGGUUACCGCAUUCUGUACAAGAAGCGCACUCGUCGGAUUGUUCAAUAUGAAGCUCGCUGAAGACAAAGGAAGAAACUUCAUUCACUGUUAAGUGUGUGCCCUGAGACAAAGCUACUACAAGGGAGAAAUGUACUAGACAGUACUCACGCGCAGGUGUCCAUUGGACUUUGGCUUGAAGUGGUAAAAACUUGUCAAACAUGUAUUGAAAUUUUAGACAUUUGAGGAUUGAGAUUAUGCAUCUUUGGAAGCUGGAUUUCAAAGAUGGUUAUUAUUGCUGUCUCCAGCAAUAAAGUGCCCUGUUGAUUGGACUCA